GCCAGUGUUGUCCCACAUGUAGAAAGUGUCUCGGCCUCUCGAUCGCGCCCAAAACACCGCAUAUUUCACCCUUUUUGCGCCCCUUUUCACCCUUUUGAGACCCCAGCCGGGAGGUAGGAUGGCGCCCAAGAAAGGUAAGAAGGGAAAGAACAAGGAUGAUUGGGAGACAGACGAAGAGAAGGAGAAGAAAAUGACGAAAGUAGGGGCGGGGAGCGAGGACGAAGAGGAGGACAAGAAGAAGAAGAAUAAGAAGAAAAAGGGAAAGGGGAAGAACGAAGCGAGCGAUGACGAGGAACGGGCGGUGAAUGACACACAGAUGGAUGACGACGGAGGCAAGAACAAAAGCAAGAAGAAGAAAAAGGGUAGAAACAGAGGAGACACCGAUGACGAAGAGGAGGAAGAGCAGACCAAGAAGAAAGACCAGAAGAACGACAACAAGAAGAAAAACAAGAGCAAGAAGAAGGGCAAAGGGAAGGGAGACUGGAGCGACGACGACAGCGACGUCGAGGACAAGCCAAAAAGCAAGAAAGGAGGAAUAGAGGAAGACAGCGAUAAGGAGGACAAACCAGCGAAAACGGGGGCGAAGCAACAGCAGAAGAAGGAGAAGAAGAAAGGGAAGAAAGGCAAAAAGGACGAUGGGUGGUCGGACGACGACGAGGAGGAGAGGAAGCUGGCCGAGAGGAUGAUGGGGCUCGGCGUGGGGGGGGAGGAGGAGAGCGAGGGGGAGGAGGGAGACGAGAUGAUGGCGAUGAUGAAGGCGAAGAUGGGGAAGAAGCAGCAGAAGAAGAAGGAGAAGAAGAAGAAGUUCGAGGAGGAGGAAGAGGAAGAGGAGGACAUGUCGGAUGAGGAAGAAGACGAGGAGGAGGAGGAGGUGGUAGUAAAGAAGGUGGAUAAGAACAAGAAGAAACAGCAGAAGAAGAACGAGAAGGUGAAGAACAAGUUUGCGAUGUUGGAAGACGACGAUGACGAGGACAUGGAAGACGACGAUGAGGAGGAGGAAGCGGAGAAGAAGAAGAAGGAAGAGGAGGAGAAGAAGAAGAAGGAAGAGGAAGAAAAGAAGAAGGAGGAGGAAGAAAAGAAGAAGAAGGAAGAGGAAGAGAAAAAGAAGAAGGAAGAGGAAGAGAAAAAGAAGGAAGUUGAAGAGAAGAAGAAGAAGGAAACGGAAGAGAAAGAGAAAAAGAGAGCAGAUGAGGAAAGAAAGAAGAAGGAAGAAGAGGAAAAGGCAAAGAAGGAAGAGCAGGAGAAGGAGAAAAUGGAAGAUGAAGAAGAUGAAGAGGCAGAAGAGGAGGAGGAAACAGAGGAAGAGAAGCUAAAGAGGAAAAAAAAAGAAGAGAAGGAGGCCCUGUCGAAGCUCUCGCACAAGGAGCGCAAGAAGAUGAAGCAGCAGUUGGAGUACCAGCGGCAGAUGGAGGCCAUGCUGAAGAAGGGCGGCCACGGCACCUCCUCCCUCGACGACACCUUCUCCGUGUCGCAGGCGCAGAAGUCCGAGAAGCAGCUGAGCCAGUUGGAGGGCGCGGUUGAUAUUAAGAUCGACAGCUUCAACAUCUCGGCCAAGGGUAAACCGCUGUUCACGAAUGCCUCCCUACUCAUCGCCAAUGGAAGGAGAUACGGCUUAGUCGGUCCUAAUGGACACGGCAAGACCACCCUCCUGCGUCACAUCCAGUCCAGAGUGCUCAGCAUUCCUCCGAACAUCGACGUUCUCUACUGCGAACAGGAAGUCAUUGCCGACGACACACCAGCCAUUGACGUGGUUCUCCAAGCGGACAAGAAGCGCCUGGACCUCCUCAAGCUCAGGGACCAGCUCGAGGCCGACGCGAUGAAGGGCAAAAACGUGGACACGCAAGAUCUCGAGGAGGUUUACAGUGAGCUCAAGGCCAUCGAUGCCGAUAAGGCCGAACCCAAGGCCAGGAGAAUCUUAGCUGGUCUGGGCUUCACGCGAGAAAUGCAGGGACGUCCCACCAAGAAUUUCUCUGGAGGCUGGCGUAUGAGGGUGUCUCUGGCCAGGGCCCUCUUCAUUGAACCCACGCUGCUCAUGCUUGACGAACCUACCAACCACUUGGAUCUCAAUGCUGUCAUCUGGCUUGAUAACUACCUGCAGGGAUGGAAGAAGACGCUCUUGGUAGUUUCUCACGACCAGUCUUUCCUCGACAAUGUGUGCACAGACAUUAUUCACUUAGAUCAAUGUAAACUUCAUUACUAUAAGGGAAACUAUUCUAUGUUUAAGAAGAUGUUGGUGCAAAAGAGAAGAGAGCAACUGAAGGCCUAUGAGAAGCAAGAGAAGAGAAUUAAGGAGAUGAAGUCUUCGGGAGCCACAAAGAAACAAGCCGAAAAGAAGUCGAAGGAGGCGCUGACUCGAAAGCAGGAGAAGAACCGCGCCAAGAGCAAGAAGAACGACGACGAAGACGGCCCCACCGAGCUGCUCGAGAAGCCGCAGGAGUACAUAGUGAAAUUCAAAUUCCCGGAGCCGCCCCCCCUGCAGCCUCCGAUCCUCGGACUUUAUAAUGUUAGCUUUUGGUACCCCGGCCACAAGCCCCUGUUCAAGGAAGUCGACUUCGGUAUCGACAUGGACAGCAGAGUGGCCAUCGUCGGCCCCAACGGCGUGGGUAAGUCCACGUUCCUGAAGCUGCUGGUGAACGACCUAACCCCCUUGGAGGGCGAAGUGCGCAAGAACCACCGCCUCAAGAUCGGCCGCUACGACCAGCACUCCGGCGAGCACCUGACGGCCGAGGAGUCGCCGUCCGAGUACCUCAUGCGGCUGUUUAACCUGCAGUACGAGAAGGCGAGGAAAGCCCUGGGCACGUUCGGGCUGGCGUCCCACGCGCACACCAUCAAGAACAAGGACCUGUCCGGAGGGCAGAAGGCGCGCGUGGCCCUGGCGGAGCUCUGCCUAUCCUCGCCCGACGUCCUCAUCCUCGACGAGCCCACCAACAACCUCGACAUCGAGAGCAUCGACGCCCUCGCCGAGGCCAUCUCCGAGUUCCAGGGCGGCGUGAUCAUCGUGUCCCACGACGAGCGCCUCAUCCGCGACACGGACUGCACGCUCUGGGUCAUCGAGGAGCAGACCAUCAACGAGAUCGACGGCGGCUUCGACGACUACCGCAAGGAGCUGCUGGAGGAGCUGGGCGAGGAGAUCAACAACCCCAGCAUCUCCGCCCACAACGCAGCCGAUUUAUAAGCGCGGCGUCUGAGCUAUGCGACCAAGGGCUUUCUUAGGUUUUUCUCUUUAUUCGGAGGACGAGGUGAUCCGUGAACGUGGCGGCGGUAUUAUAUAUAUAUUAUUUUUCUCAGAGAGGUGUUACUUUUUUUCGAAGAUGUAACGCAUUUCCAGUGACACGCAUGCUAUUCCUGUAAUUAAAACCUGCAUGGGAAUAGGUGAAUACAUCACAUUAUAUUAUUAUGUAUCUUGUAUUCUAUAAACGAUCGAAACUGAAAUAAAAUAUCUUGCUUUUUA